CGACUCAAUCUCCCAACUUUUUAGUUGGUAUCCUCCUAACAUCCUUCCUUCCACUGUCUCUCCCCUAUCUCUCUCCGCACCGCCAUGUCGUCGCCCGUGAAGAAGUACAAGAUCCACGUCCCGGCCACGACGGCCAACAUUGGCCCCGGCUUCGACGUGUGCGGCAUCGCCCUCUCGCUCAGCCUCACCGUCCUCGUCACGAUCCCAACCGACGGCAAGGGAGACGCGAUCCCCGUCAUCUCGUACACUGGCCUCGACUCGGCCAACGUCCCGCUGUCGCCCUACAAGAACCUGCUCACCCGCGUCGCGCUCUACGUGCUCCGGAGCAACGGCGUCGACUCGUUCCCUCCCGGCGUGCAGAUCCACGCGCACAACGAGAUCCCCUUCGGCCGCGGUCUCGGCUCGUCGGGCGCCGCCGUCAUCUCAGGCGUGCUGCUUGGCAACCUCCUGGGUAACCUCAACCUCCCCACCUCGCGCCUCCUCGACUUUGCCCUCAUGGUCGAGCGCCACCCCGACAACGUGACGGCUGCGCUCGUCGGCGGCUUUGUCGGCUCGUACCUCAAGGAGCUCGCCCCCGAGGACCUCGAGGCCGCGACCGUCCCCCUCGCCGAGGUGCUGCCAGAGUACCCCCCUGACGCUGGACCCAACUGGGGCGAGCACCCUCCCAAGGCGCCCUACGGCAUCGGCCACUACGUCCGCUUCGGCUGGGCACCAGAGAUCAAGGCGAUUGCCGUCAUGCCCCGCUUCGAGCUGGCCACUGCCAAGGCUCGUGGCGUUCUCCCCAACGAGUACUCGCGCAAGGACAUUGUCUUCAACCUCCAGCGCUUGGCUGUCCUCACCACCGCGCUCUCGCGCUCGCCUCCCGACCCGGAGCUCAUCUACGACGCCAUGAAGGACAAGCUCCACCAGCCCUACCGUGUUCCUCUUAUCCCUGGCCUCUCCGAGAUUCUCGAGAAGCUCACCUACCAGACGUACCCUGGCCUCCUCGGUAUCUGUCUGUCGGGCGCCGGCCCGACCAUCCUCGCGCUGGCCACGGACAACUUUGACACCAUUGCCAAGGAGAUUGAGAGGAUAUUCGGCACGCACAACAUCGAGGUCGACUUCAAGACUCUCACCAUUGACACCAAGGGUAGCUGGGUCGAGGAGGUUGCUGCCGACGCCACCAUCUAAGCGUCGAGGGAUGUACACCCAUCGCCAUCUUGCACAAAACGAGAGAGAGAGAGCGCCAACUGGCGAGUGUUGUAGGUUGAAAGUUGUGUCGCGGGGGACUAGAGCCAUAUCGUCAUAUCGCCUAGAGAUGCAUCACGGCAUACAAUGUGG